CUAGUACAGUGCUUUCUUCAAAGGCAGGUCAUUAAAGAGAGGAGAUUAAGUCAGGCCUGAAUGAAACAGGGGUUAGAAGACUGACUCCAACGUGGAUGCCCACAGAUAUAAAGUCUGAGGCAACUGGAGAAGAUCAGGUGUUGAUCCCUCCCUAAUAAAUAACUUGUACCCAAAACUUCUUCUCAGAGUCUUCUUCAGGAGAAUCCAACCUACGACAUACCCCUUAGCAUCCAGUAGCCAUGCUGUGAAAAGCCAGACCUAUGUGGAGAGGCUACUGGAAGAACACUCUGGUUGAUGAAUCCAGCUGCGUCUCUUGUCAAUAGACAGUACCAACUGGGAACUAUGUGAAUGAGCCAUCUUGGAACCUUCAGAUAGCUGUAGCCCUUCCUGACAUCAUGUGAAUCAGAAGAACCACCCGCCUGAAAUCAGUCAACCCAAGGAAAUAUGAACAAUAGUAAAAGUUGUUUUAAACCACUAAGUUUUGGGAUGGUGUGUUACACAGCAAUAGUUAACCAAAACAUUUCCCAGCUCUCUCCCAGCUAUGUAAAACUUGUGCCCCCCCAUUGAGGGCCACAUCUGUCUGACAAAUCUCCUCUGAAGCUACUUCUUCUGGAGACUGUUAACUAGUGAUAUCUUCCCCGUCUUGCUAGCCCCAGGUUAUUGUGCAUCUAUGGAGAAAUUCAGCAUUCCUUUUUCUGAUUUGCUAUAAAAAGAGAAAAUAUCUCCCAAAUUUUAUAAAAAUCAAGCAGACAUGAUUUCUAAAUACAGGAGGGAUAAGUGGAAAUCUUUCAGACAUUGCUUUCUCCUUCCUUCUUGCAGAUACAUAUCUUAUCCCUGGAAAGAGGUACUUUGGCUUAUAAACAACAGGCAGGAGGGAGCGGGAGCUGAGUCCCUGCAUUACACCCGACUGCCUUUCUGUUCCUGACCAAAAUGUGGCUCCCAACAUCUGAGAGGCGUGACACGGGCAUCUCCUUUCUCCAUUCCCAGUCCACUAUCCCCAGAGCUGGAAGCUGCACUCAGAGAGGUGGAACCCCACCCAGGAAGUGGGGACUAUGCUCCUGUGCUUCAUCUCCCUCCUCAACGAAGCCAGCAGCCUCCAAUGUGGACUCCUCCUCGAUGUACAGAAAGUGGGAAAAGAGCAAAAGCACCGGCGGGGAGUACAUAGGCUUCAGGCAGAAGCAGAUCCUGCGCCCCACGGUGGACGCAGAGCCUGACGGUGUAAAGCUGUCCUCCACGCUGGCCCAGCUGCCAUGUGAAGACCAAGGCCCCAGCCCCGGACCUGGACUCCUACCGCUCUCUGGCGACGACUGCGAGGACAGUGAGGCUGAGACUGAGGCCUCAACUCACAGCUGCGCUGGGCCCAAGACAACUCCAGCCACAAAGAGGCCUGACACCAAGUCCCCAGCCGAAGAAAUGUGAAUUUUCCCUCCCCAGGCCUGGACUGGUUGGCGCUUGGGACAUCUGACGCUGAG